AGACCCUCCCCCGCCCCGUCUCCGUGGGGCGUUUUGCCCCCGGCCGCCCCUCGGGCGGGUGGAGAAAGAAGCGCCGCGGGGCGCGGAGAAAGCGCGCCGCGCUGCAGCGAGAGGCGGGCGUGGGCGCAGGGCGGAGCGGGGCCAGGCGGCGCGGCGCCGGGCGCAGAGCCGCUGCCGGACGGACCAGGGCCGCUGACGGGCCGGCCGUUAGCCGCUGUGAGGCGGAAGGCGGGGCCGCCGGACCGGAGGCGGCCCCGGUCACUCGCACGCCUCGGCCCCGGGCCGGGUGAGACAAAGGCUCGGUGAGACGGUUGCUACAGCGCCGCCGGUCGCCUGGAAACCGCCCUCUUUAUCCGGGGGCGUCCCCGGGCUGGGGAGGAGCCGAAGUCCCCGCGGGGGCCCGCCCUGCUCGCUCGCCGCCUCGCCGGAGCUAGUCCUCCGCUCCCGUUCCUAUGCGGGCUGCGGCAGCCUGGUCCCCAGCAGCCCGGCCCCCGGCGGGCGGCUCCUCCGGGCAACGGGUGCCUUCCCGGCGAACGCGCCCCGGAGCGCCAUGAGCGCGGAGCCGCCCCGCGCCUCGCUGCUCCGCGCCCUGUUUAAGAUGGAGCCGGCGGCGGCCGCUUCCGAAGUGCUGGGGGGAGCCUCGGAGUUCGUGAAAGAUCGGUUGUACUUUGCGACUUUACGAAACAAACCGAAAAGUACCGUAAAUACCCAUUACUUCUGUACCGAUGAGGAGCUGGUCUAUGAAAAUUUCUAUGGAGAUUUUGGACCUUUAAAUUUGGCAAUGUUAUACAGAUACUGCUGUAAACUAAAUAAGAAAUUAAAGUAUUUCAGCCUCUCAAGAAAGAAGAUAGUGUACUAUACCAGUUUUGACCAGCAGAAACGAGCAAAUGCGGCAUUUUUAAUAGGUGCAUAUGCUGUAAUAUACUUGAAGAAAACACCAGAAGAAGCUUACAGAACACUUUUGUCUGGAUCUAAUCCACCAUAUCUUCCAUUUAGGGAUGCUUCAUUUGGGAACUGCACGUACAAUCUUACGAUCUUGGACUGUUUACAGGGAGUAAAUAAGGCCUUGCAGCAUGGAUUUUUUGACUUUAAGACAUUUGAUGUGGAUGAAUAUGAACACUAUGAGCGAGUGGAAAAUGGUGACUUCAACUGGAUUGUUCCAGGAAAAUUUUUAGCGUUUAGUGGACCACACCCAAAAAGCAAACUUGAAAAUGGUUAUCCUCUUCAUGCACCUGAAGCCUACUUUCCCUAUUUCAAGAAACAUAAUGUCACAUCAAUCAUAAGACUAAACAAAAAAAUUUAUGAGGCAAAACGCUUUACUGAUGCUGGUUUUGAGCAUUAUGACCUGUUCUUCAUAGAUGGAAGCACACCAAGCGACAGUAUAGUUCAGAGGUUCCUGAACAUCUGUGAAAAUGCUGACGGUGCUAUUGCUGUGCAUUGUAAAGCUGGCCUGGGGAGAACAGGAACACUGAUUGCCUGUUACAUCAUGAAACACUACAAGUUCACACAUGCCGAAGCCAUUGCUUGGAUAAGAAUAUGUCGACCAGGCUCUAUUAUAGGACCUCAGCAACACUUCCUGGAAGAGAAGCAAGCAAUGUUAUGGCUGGAGGGAGAGCUCAUCCGAUCAAAGCAGAGACGAGUAGUCGAUGAAAAUGUUAACAGAGUUCUUUGUGGCUUGAAUGACAUUUCAAUCAGUGACAGCUUGAAUAAAGCACAAGACUUGGAUCGAUACAGGGAGAACGAUUUUGAAGACAAAGCAGGUGUGGAAGCUCAGAAUGGCAUGACACAGGGAGAUAAGCUUAAUGCCUUAAAAAAUCGGAGACGGCCAUGUUCUGCUACAACUGGAGCCCUCAGGCUGCAAGACAUGAAACUGCACACGAGGUCAAUAUCGCAACCUUUCAGGCUGAAUACUUCAGGUAGCACAGGAGGAUCCACGUCUCCUCUGAAGGCCUCCAAAGUGAUGGCAGUUAAUUCACCAUCUGCAGACAGAAUAAGCAGAAUUCCCACAUCCUCAGGCUCUAACCUUAAAAGUCCCUUCAGUCUGAGUAUGUUCAGUACUAAGGCCUUGCCGCUUUGGUGAAACCUGCUGAGCUCUGAACAUCGAAGUCCUUCAUGAAGGAGAACUUGAGGAAGGAAGCUGCUCAUUCAGCAGAGGAAUCUUCAAUACAAAAUGCAUUAAAACCGUAACACCAAGAGGAGACUUCUUAACAGGCAGAAAUUUCUUGUUAAUGACUACUGCAGAUGCACUGAUUUAUGGGAAUUAUUUCACCCCAUGUUAUAUACAGAUUUAAAUUUUUAACGCUGAGACAGCUUGAAUAUAUUUCUAAUAAGUUUCAUGAAGAUGUUUAUUAACUUGUGUACAGUGUUAAAGUAUGUAUUAAGAGAAUAUUUUGGUAAGCUAUAUAAAAUUAUGUAAAAAUUAGAAUAUAUUUUAAUUUAGUGUUCACUUCUUUGCUACAAAAAUGUGUAUUUUAAAGAAUUUUUACAUGUUUAUCAAAGAUGAAAAUUUUUUUAUCAACAAGAGGUUUUUCUUGUUUUAUGGGUCCAUUAUUGCUAAAAGCCUAAUGUAAUUAGUUUUUCACUAAUUGAUCUUCCGGUAACUUAAUGGAAGUCUAACUAGCGAGAGACUAGUUAUCACACUGUCAACUGAAAGCACUUGAUUCACAGUCUGCUUCCCACUUUCAGCUGCUAAUGUUUCGUAAGGAAACACUAUGAAAGAAAAAUAAAGGGAAAAUAUUUGUUGAGAUGUAAAUGUAACUUACAUCUUCCGUUGCAAAGAGAAAUUUAACCGAUGAUUCAGUUGUACAAUUAACGCUUUAUUUCAUUUUGUCUUAAAAGGAAUGUUUUUUUUCUUUUCAAUGUAGAAUGUUACAUUUUGCUAUGCAAUAUAUACUGCAGAAAUGAAGGCAGACCAAACUGAGGUUGGUAAGAACAUGUACGUACAGUGAAUUUCGUAGCGCUGCUCACUUACAUGUGUUUAACCUGCCAUUGGCAGUAUGUGUACAGCUUCACUAGAAUACUAAGGUAAAUGUUGGAAGUUUAUUAAAUUUUCACUUACCAGUUGGACGCUUCAUGAACUUUUUAAUUUGAAAACACUGUUAAACAUACAGCUAACAUAACCUCCCGUAUCACGGAAUGUUUUCCAGUAGUAAAGAUGCUCUUUAACAUACGGUUUAAUCAGGCGUGGUUAGGAAUGUGACUCAGGAUGAAGCGGUAUUACAGUGAAGUACUAGAGACCACCUGUAAAAUUUUCAGAACUCCACAAGCACAUAGCAAGCAAACAAAUGUAAGAAGCUGUGGGGACCUGAUUCUCCACUAAUUCAGAUGACAAAACCAAAUCAGGUUUGUUGUCUGUGAGUUUUUCCAAUGUCUAUAUGGAAACUUGAAAAUAAAACUUGGUUGUCAGCCUUGAAUGCUUUAUAACUGAAGUUAAGAUGAAGUGCUACGGUUAUUUUUCAAAAAGAUCAGAUCACAAGUUGCUAUGGAAAGUUGUACUGAAAGUGUUAAUAAGCAAUACUGAGAGCAGCUGUAUAAAUCACUGAAUAAAAAUUACUUGCAAUACUGUACUUUUUUCACAACUGUGUAUAUGUAACAUAUACACACAUGAAGUAGCAUAUGUGUGUGCAUAUAUAUACAAUAUACUGUAUAUGAAUUAUAGAUUAAUGGUAAGGUAAUUCUACCUCUUAUAAUUUCAUCAUGUACUUUGUUAUAAAUAGUUUUUCUUAAUAAAUACUGUUUAAUUUUGAAAUGUAGAUAUAUAUAUACACAUACAGCUAAUUGAUAAUAAAAUGCCUACAUCAGCCA